UUCAUUUGAGUGUUGACAUAACACCAAAGGGCAAAGGUAUCCGUUCCAAGAAAACGGCAAAGGUUUCGAUUUAACCGAGAACAUCCAACGACGGACGACCUCUACGAGCUUCAGCCACGUCGCCACCACAACUAUAUCUUCUAGAAUUCGUCACCACACACACAUAGACAGACCAGAAAAAUGGCAGCCGCAACCGCCGUUUCCACCACUCUCUCGAAGCUUCUCAAACCUACCUCAUCUUCCGCCGCCGCCGCCACCAAACCCUUCGCUCUCCUUUCCUCCAAAACCCCCGCUCUCACUCCUCCCAUCUCUUCCGCAUUCUCUCUCAGACUUCCCCACCGCCGCCGCCGCUACCCCGGCGCACUUAGAUUCUCCACCGCUCCCAAAAUCUCCGCCGCUAUCUCCGUCGGCGACAAGCUCCCCGACGCGACUCUCUCCUUCUUCGAAUCCUCCGACGACCUCCAGACCGUUUCCAUCUCGGACCUCACUGCCGGCAAGAAGGCCAUCCUCUUCGCCGUCCCGGGCGCAUUCACCCCCACCUGCUCCCAGAAGCACCUCCCCGGGUUCGUCGAGAAGGCGUCGGAGAUCAAGGCCAAGGGCGUGGACACCAUCGCCUGCAUAUCGGUCAACGACGCGUUCGUGAUGAAGGCCUGGAAGGAGAAUCUGGGGGUCAAAGAUGAAGUCUUGCUGCUGAGCGACGGGAAUGGGGAGUUCACCAAGGCGAUUGGGUGCGAGCUUGACCUCACUGACAAGCCCGUCGGGCUCGGCGUGAGGUCUAGGCGGUACGCCAUGCUCGUGGAAGAUGGAGUUGUGAAGGUCUUGAACUUGGAGGAAGGCGGAGCUUUCACUUCCAGCAGUGCUGAGGAUAUGCUCAAGGCCCUCUAGAGGUUUCUUUUUCCUCUACAUUUUGCUGCUUUUCUUGACUCUUGAGGGAAUUGAAAUAAUAUGGAUACAAUCCACUAUAGAGUUUACCUGUCUUUUCUGUUCUAAAUACUUCAAUUGCUAUGUUCUAUUGCCUGUCUUUUAUGUUCUAAACCAAUGUGUUUCUGUGAUUGAUUAGUACUGUCUAAUCUGAGCUAAUUCUGAACAGUGGCAACUUCUUGUUAA